AUGGCGCCCAGAAAGAAAGUAACUCUAUCCUUAGAGGAACGAUUGCGCGUGUUAGAGGACUUGAAAACUUUUAGUAUUCCGCUCGUGGCCAAAAAAUAUCAAGUGAAUCGGACAACGAUUUGGAGGAUAAAAAAUAGUGCACCAAAAGUUAUGGAUUUCGUUGACAAAGGGAAGAUCCAGCGAAAACGACGAAGAAUCAGAGCAUCCUUAUACGAUACAUUGGAGCAAAAUUUGCUGGCUUGGUUCAUCGAAAGGAGAACUCUUGGUGAUUUCAUAACGAAUGCUGUAAUGAUAGACAAAGCAACAGAAUUAAAGAACAGUAUGGGGCUGCCGUUCGAUUUUAAAGUUAGUAGGGGCUGGUUCGAUGGAUUUAAAAAAAGACAUAAUAUACGUUUAGUGAAAGUUUAUGGGGAAAGUGCAAGUGCUGAUCAAGAUUCCGCGAAACAAUUUUGUGACGAUUUUACUAAAUUAUUGGAAGAUGAGAGUAUACAUAUAGAUAAUGUGUACAAUAUGGAUGAAACUGGGCUUUUCUGGAAAGCCUUACCAUCGAAGACCUUGGCAGGAAGAGAAGAAGGGGUUGUGAAGGGAUAUAAAAGUCGCAAAGAGCGAAUUACGGUGGCGCUAUGUGCGAAUGCAUCUGGGACGCACAAGUUAAUGCCGCUAGUGAUUAAUAAAUACCAAAAUCCUAGGGCACUGAAAAAUUUCAGAGGCAAUCUUCCAGUUAUUUUUAAAUCGCAGAAGAAUGCGUGGAUAACGCAACCAUUAUUUUAUGAGUGGUUUGAACAUCAUUUUAAGCCCGCUGUACGGGCACAUCAAUUAAGGACUGGACUGACCGGCAAAGUAAUAUUGUUACUAGACAAUUGCGGAGGACACAAAGUGCCGGAAGAACUCUUAGAUAAAGAUAAUUUUAAGAUUAUGUAUCUUCCUCCUAAUACGACCAGUGUGAUACAGCCAAUGGACCAGGGCAUAAUAGCCAAAAUGAAAACAGUGUAUCGCCAUAAAGCGAUAAGGAAAGCGACUACGUAUCAAGGCGGGAUAAAUCAAUUUCAAAAGCAAUUUACACUAAAAGAUUGCAUACAAGUUUUGGACGAAUCAUGGAUGGAAGUAUCUCCCAACAAUAUUAUCAAUUCUUGGAAAAAAAUUAUUCCCAAUCAGGAAGAUUGGUAUCGUCGUGCUAUGAGGGAAGACAUAAGCACCUUAACAAAUGAUUCAUACAUAGAAGAAGAUAUUGUACGAUUUAUGUCCAAUUAUGAAGAACAAGAAAGAAGAGGAUUCAUAGACGAGGAAGAUAGAGAAGAGCAGGAAGAAGAAGAGAUGCAAGAAAAUGUAGGCGAGCAACAUAAUGAACAAGAGGAGCUGCAACAUUUGUUUGAGCGUAUGGACUUGCAUCUAUCUGUACAAGCGCCUCUUAUUCGAGAUAUGUUUAAAGUCAUCAAAAACCAUGUAUUAGGUAAUGUUUAA